AUGCGUUCUACCUUGGCUUUGCGCCAGCUCGCCGUCUCGGCUUCGCGUGCUUCGAGCAUGCCCAGCGUCCGUGCUGCCGUGCCCCGCGCCACCAGCUCGGUCGCCACGGCGCUCCAGCGCAACAACACCUCGGUGCGUCUGCCCGCCGGUGCGAGGGGCAUGGCCUCGGAUGCGCCCACCGACUUUGACCCCAACGCGCCCACCGCCAUGGACAAGAUGGAGCCGCCCAAGCCAGGCGCCGACUUCAACGUGGUGAUCAUCGGUGCUGGCAACAUCAACUUCGGCUCGGACGAGGGUCCGUGGAACCACUCGUUCCGUCUCGAGCACAAGCUCGGUCCGCGUCUCAAGGUGGUGGCGCUCAUCGACCCCUCGGCCGCGCGUGCCGACGCCGCACUCACCGUGAAGCGCAACUCGUUUGUGCUCUCGGCCUACAAGGACACGGUGGUCUACCCGACGUUUGCCGACUACGUCGCCAACGUCACGCCCGACAAGCGUCCGCACGCCAUCUGGGUCGGCAGCCCUCCCGCCUUCCGUGGCCGCGAACAGCCCGGUCGCGACCUCGAGAAGAAGCUCGUCGAAGCGUUCCCGGACGUGGGCAUCUUUAUCGAGAAGCCCGUCAGCACGGGACCCGUGCAGGAUGCGCUCAAGGUGGCGCAGCUGCUGGAGAAGGCGGACAACCUGGUGAGCGUGGGCUACAUGCUGCGCUACCUCAAGGUGGUGCAGAAGAUGAAGUCGAUCCUGGAGGAGAACAACCUCAAGGUCAUGGCGACCAACGCGCGCUACAUCAUGGCGUACGAGCACACGGCCAAGCUCGACUGGUGGGACAAGUCGCAGACGUGCGGACCGAUUGUGGAGCAGGCCACGCACUUUUGCGAUCUGUCGCGCUACUUUGGUGGCGAGGUGGAUCUGAGCACCGUCGCCGCACACUCGCUCGAGUGGUUCGAGCCCGCGGGCGAGCUGAGCAAGAUCCCCGUGGACGAGAGCAAGGUGGCGCCGGACAACCGCAUCCCGCGCAUCACGUGCGCCACGUGGAAGUACGAGUCCGGUGCCGUAGGUUCGCUCACGCACGCCGUGGCGCUGCAGGGCUUCAACUACUCGACCGAGAUCGACGUGCUGGCCGACGGAUACAGCCUGCGCCUCGUCGACCCGUACAACGCGCCGGCGCUCUACUUCAGGAGGCCCGGCGACGACCACGAGGAGGUGGUGAGGUACCAGAACGACGACCCCUUCUUCAGCGAGGUGAGCAACCUCAUCGACAACAUCGAAAAGGGCAAGGGCGCCGCACCCAUCCUGUCGAGCUACGACGAUGCCGUCAAGACCUAUGCGCUCACCUGGGCCAUCCGCGAGGCGUCCGAGAAGUCGGCCAAGAAGCGCGCCAACUAA